AUGGUUGAUAUUGAAAGUGCAUUCUCAAUCGUUUAUUUAGGUGUACACAGAGAGACCCAACUACAAUAUGCCAUCAAGGUCAUCAAUAAAUCAAAUCUUGGAAAGGACUAUGAAAAGAAUUUAAAGAUGGAAGUCGAUAUUUUGAAACGUGUAAACCAUCCAAAUAUCGUCGCCUUGAAAGAGUUAUUCGACACCCCAAAUAAUCUUUAUUUAGUUAUGGAGUUAGUUACAGGUGGAGAAUUAUUUGAUAAGAUUGUUGAAAAAGGAAGUUAUUGCGAGGCAGACGCUGUCCAGUUGGUAAGAAAGAUUGUGAGUGCCGUACAGUAUUUGCACAACGCCAACAUUGCACAUCGUGAUUUGAAGCCAGAGAACUUAUUGCUCAAGACAGCUUCGUCUGACCUCGAAGUUGCCAUCGCCGACUUUGGUCUCUCCAAGUUGGUUUCACAGGAGACAAUGAUGCAAACCGCUUGUGGAACACCAAGCUAUGUCGCACCGGAAGUGUUGAAUGCCACCGGUUACGACAAGGAGGUCGACAUGUGGAGUGUCGGUGUCAUCACCUAUAUCCUGUUGUGUGGAUUCCCACCAUUCUAUGGUGACACCAUUCCAGAGAUCUUUGAGUUCAUUAUGGAGGCAAACUUUGAAUAUCCAGAGGAGUAUUGGUCACACAUUUCAUCGGCCGCCAAAGAUUUUAUCAACAAGUUGCUUGUCGUUGACGCCAAAGCAAGAUUGUCUGCUGAAGAUGCAUUAAAUCACCCUUGGUUAUUAAGUAAAGGAUCAACUGAAGCUUUACCAAAGGCAAAGUUGGCAAGCUUUGUUGCCGAGAGACAAAAAUCAAAAAUACAUUUGUAA